AUGAAUGCCAUCAGAGAAAAUCGAUCGAUAGCUUGUCAAUAACCAGUCGCUACCCGACACCGUCAGCGAACUCAACCAGGCGUGACUCCGCCGUGCCGUUAACGGUGAGUGAACUCUGUAGUGAACGGGACCCAGAGGUCGGUUCCACCCUAGAUGCGGGUGUAACUCCACGCGUACCAAGACGAGGAUCGGCGGGAGGCGCUCGGGAUAAGUUGAAAGUGAUUCUGGCUAACAAGGAAAUGAUCGAGAGAAGGAGAAAAUGACACCCCGGUUGUCCUUCGUUGCCGCCGCUGGAUUUUACCUGCUGGUUCACGUCAUUGUCCUUGCAAAGAAAUGCAGUGACAUUCCUCCCCCAUGUCCUGGGAAUCAAUACUGCAUCGACAGUGAUAACAACAACGUCGUGUGUCCAGCUUGCAGUGAUGCAUGUAACGGCUGUUACGGUCCAAACGAUGAUAACUGCCGGUCAUGCGCAGUGGGCUAUGUUCGAGAAGGAAGACGUUGUGUGGACUGCCCGCUGAACACGUUCGGGUGGAACUGCACCGGGACGUGCCACUGUCUGGUGGACGACAGCUGUAACAAGUCGGAUGGAGCCUGCAAGUACUGGAAGUGUGCGGAGGGCUGGACCAAUCUGCCUCUGUGCCAGGACCCUUGUCCUGACAACAAGUUUGGCCUAGACUGCCAACUCACGUGUCACUGUCUGAAAAACGACACAUGCAGCAAAAUCAAUGGACAGUGUUCCCUGGGGAAGUGCUUUCCUGGAUUCGGCAGUGCGGGCUGUCAGUGGCAUCUCCCCAAGUUACUGACCCCUCCUACUGUUGAAUACGCAAUAUGUGCCGAGGUUCGUUUGUCGUGGAAGGCGUUUGUAGACGACUAUGAUAUCGGUACUGGACCCGUCAUAGCUUACAGCGUGCACAGGUUGGAGAACGCCACCGCCUAUUGGGUGAGGUUGACCACACUCUACGUCGAGACCAACAAGACUCAGUACAGCCACGUCGCCAGCAAUCUCGUGCGCGACGCAGACUACCAGUUCCGUGUUGACGUGCACGGCGACGACGACGGCAAACUCAUGUACGCCCCCAAGGGCUUCGUUACAGACUGGGUCCACAUUCCGUGUACAGUGCCUCCAUCAACCACAGUCCCGCCUCCAACCACUGAACGACCAAGUCAAGAACUGAUUGCGUCUGCUGUAGUAACCCUGGUGUUACCCAGAGGAGACAUCCGGUUUGCGUGGCUGUUGACCAAUGAUGCCGCGGUCCUGGAUCUCAGAAUCACUGUCUUCUACCAGAUAAUCGGGACUGGGGACUGCAACAGCACAGGCUCCGGAAACAUACGAAGCAUCCCCGUUACCAAGGAUACUACCAAAGUGGACAUAACAAAUCUGGAACCGUGGCGCGUCUAUGAACUGACGCUUCAGGUUGAGGUCCCUGACCGAAACAUCACAAACAGUCUGAUAAAGACGGUGGCCACGAAGGAAACAGCUCCUUCGGGUAAUGUGACUGAUAUAACCGCCGAAGAUGUGACGGCUACUGCAGUCAAGGUCACGUGGUCACCGCCACCAUGCGACACUCGGGGAGGCGUCUUGCUGCGAUAUGACGUCAUGCUCAGCAAUUCGUCAGGGUUCAGAAAUACGACCUUCAGCAGCGUCACCUUCGUGAUCUUUGAUGACCUGGUUCCAUUCUCGUCCUAUUCCGUGAAAGUUCGAUACGUCAACAAAAUAGCUUCAGGGCCAUUUUCUGAGGAAGUUACUAUAGUAACUGCGCAGACAGCCCCAAGCCCAGUGACGAUAGUGUCUGCGUUUGAACAGGAGCAAGACGUGAACGUCACGUUCAGGAGACCGGACAGGGUGAACGGGAUUCUGGUCGACUACACCAUCAUGUACAGCACCAACAAACACUUCGACCUUCCCACCAGCCUGACCCUUGCUGCCAACCAGACAUUCCCAGAACCUCUUCCAAGUGUCAGCAUUGAAAAUCUUAAACCAUUUACCCUAUACUACAUAAAGGUCCGAGCCAGCACUGAAGCAGGGUACGGGUUGUACGGCGCCGUCGUCAACGUCACCACGUUGCAGGGAUUCCCGUCGGCUCCCAAAUCGGUAGUGAAGGAUUUUGUGAACGAGACGUGCAUAUCCAUUUUCUGGGAGCCUCCCUUCAGCACUAACGGCGAAGUCGAUGGCUACCAGGUGUUGUACCGAGAAGCGUCAAAGCCGGAAAGCUCCAACAUGCGAGACGAAGUGAACACGACGAUUAACAUGUACACCAAGUGUCUUCUCAAACCAGGGCGGCUCUACACGUUCUCUGUGUCGGCACAGAAUUCACGGGGAUAUGGUCUGUCCAAAGUGUUAAACAUCUGGACUGAGCAUGGCACCCCCGUAUCUCCACAACCCCCAAUCUAUAUCAAUUCAACUUACACAACAAUAACUAUUAGCAUUCAACCAGUUAUCCUAACAACGGGCCCACUGACAGCCUACAUGCUUCAAGUAGAAAAGGUAAUAAUAAAAAGUUCCAGAAGGAAGAAGGAGAUAACCAUUCCUGGAUACGUGACGGCGCAGCUGUCAAAAAGCAAUGUUACCAGAGAAACCGUAUUUGUAGUUGGGGACGGAAACGUGUACGGCGGUGUCAUGAAUCCACCUCUGGAAAAUGCGAGCUACUAUAACAUUUACUACGUCGUGAACAGUACCUUGAAUGACGUAACAAAACUCUCAUACGCCAAAACGCUCGCCGCCAUUCUUACUGUUCCCGGUCCGAUUGCCCCGACUGUGAAACCACCCAUAGAAAGUACGACCAUCGUUGUACCAGUCGCGGCGGAUAACACAAAUCUGAUUAUUGGCAUCGUGCUGGCCAUUUGUAUAUUGCUGAUAAUAAUACUGCUACUUAUUCUUCUGUACUGGUGGUACAGACGCCGUCGACGAAAGUACUACUAUCGUCCAAACACAAUCAAGAACAACUUCGACCUGACGCCAUCGAAGGACGAUUAUGAUCCUGAGAAGUACUGGAAUAAAAUUUACUCACUGCGGGAGAGCAGGUUCAUUGUCGCGGGCAGACAGUAUCUUCCAGACGACACUACCGGCACGGCGGACUCCCCGGGAUUGCAGGGGGACAAUCCGCCGAUCUCGUUCGUCUCCGAGUUCAAGAAAAUCCCCCACAAGACGAAAUCUUCGUGCCAAGAGGCCAAGAAGAGAUACAACGAGCCGCUCAACCGGUUCUCGUACCUGCUUCCCUACGACAAGAACCGGGUGGUCUUGACGCCCGACAGAACGUCCGAUCGGGACUACAUCAACGCCAGUCACGUGCAGGGCUACGAUCACUACCCUUACAUCGCGGCCACAAGCCCCUUUGACGGGGAUACGGUGCUGGAUUUCUGGAGGAUGAUACACCAAUACGACAUCAGGACCAUCGUGAUGAUCACAAAUGUUGUGGAGGACAACAUUGUCAAGUGUACACAGUACUGGCCAGAUGGUGGCAUGGUAACCUGGGGGGAUUUCCUGCUCGAGUUGGUCGACAUGGAUCAGUACGCAGAUUAUGUCAUACGGACAAUCACUGUGACGAGCGUUGAUACCAGCAAGACUGUUGCAACCACGCUGUUCGAAUAUACCUCGUGGCCUGACCAUGGCGUGCCCGAUGACCCCAUCCCUCUGCUGGAGAUGAGGUACAAAGCGUGGCAACACCACGGAGAAAACAACGCCGGCCCUAUGGUCGUCCACUGUGGGACUGGUGUGGGCAGGACGGGCACCUACAUAGCGAUAGACUCUCUCAUCCAGCAGUAUUCUAAAGAAGGGAGGAUCAGCGUGUUUGGCUUUGUCCGCAGACUGCGCACACAGCGGCCCUUCAUGGUGAGGACGCCGAAACAGUAUGUGUUUAUAUACGAAGCGCUCUUUGAAGAGUUCCAGGCAGGGGACACGACCGUCGGGAACGACCUGAAGGAGAGGUACCACGACCUGACGACGAAGAACUACAAGACUGGUCACUCCUUCCUGAAGGACCAGUUCCGACUGUUGGAGUCCUUCACGCGGCCGCUGCACCCGCCCACGCUCUGCCGCACAGCGCUGCUGUCCGUCAACUACAACAAAAACCGGUACCCGGACGUCAUCCCCAACGACGACUACCGCCCGAUGCUGGUGACCCCUGGCGGACUGGGCAGGACCGACUACAUCAACGCCACGUUCGUGGACAGCUACCGAAAGAAGGACGCCUUCAUUCUGACGCAGACGCCGUUGCACACGACCGUCAUCGACUUCUGGAAGCUGGUCUGGGACUACAACGUCAACACGAUCGUCAUGGUGGAGAACUACCUGCACACGGACGACACGUGCGCCGAGUACUGGCCCGACGUGAACGUGAAGAAUUUCGAGCCCUUCUUCAUCGAGCUGACGGCCACGUGCCAGCAGGACAACGUGACGAUCAGGAGCUUCAAGAUGUUUUCCUCGCACAGGAGCCACGAGCCGGCGCGCUUCAUUCGCCAGUUCCAGUUCAACGCCUGGGCCGAGCCGGACCUCGUGCCCGUGUCCAAGACGAUGCUGCUCGACCUGGUCGACCUGGUGAACGACUGGCAGGUGGUGUCCAACCAGAACGAGAACCCGGUCGUCGUGCACUGCAAGGACGGGGCCACGCACAGCGGUCUGUUCUGCGCGCUGUCCGUCGUCUGCGAGAAGAUGGCCGUCGACGGGGAGGUAGAUCUGUACCACACCGUGAAGCACGUCAAGAGGAGACGACCCCAGGUCGUCGCUCACUCAGAACAGUACCGCUUCUGCUACAAGACACUGUGGGACUUCAUUAACGUGAGGAUGCCAGCGGGAUCAUUCUCAGGCAGUCUUGACGCAUCAAAAGAUGGUAAGCACCAGGCGCUGGCCAGUCUCAAUCUGACAUCAUUCUACGAUACGCUCUAGUACCAAACAGGAGGAUGUGUUGCUUGUGUUCACUGGUUUUCGUGUUAGCAGUGGAAUAUCAAGAGUGAGACCAGUCGCGAACAGUUUGACGGGUUCCAUCGUAUCCAGUCCUAUCCUAACAAUCGCAAAAACUAGACUAGCGAGCUACCUUCUGAACUCCGAUUAUUAAAAUAGGUAGUUUGGAUGUAUAAGCAGGAUAUGCUCUCCAUAAAAAAAAAAGCUGAACAGUUUAGACAAAUACAUUAUUUUAUUUAAGCUCGCCUGUGUUAGGGGUACACGUAUACAUUUGUGUUGGAUUAAAUGCAUUAUUCUUAAUUAAAAACAGGAUUGCACGGCAGCUGAUAGCCUAACGUCAAAAUCGCACACAUAUUCUGUGACUUCAAAUCUACAGUGUGUAUACGUUCCCCUUCAGUUAAUGAUAAGACGAUUUGCAAAAGUGUAAGCAGUUAGCUUUAACGUAACUUUGAGUUCAGUUAUAAUACAAAAAUAUCGCUCACAAGUGAGACCAUGGAUGUGAAUUUGUUUUAGCUUUUUAAAAGUCUGAUUUCAGCCUUCUGUGUGAAAUAAUUUUGAACUGAAAUACUCAAAAAUUGCCUUUUAUUGACUAUCAUGUAAUUUCAGCUUUUUAAAGGUCAUUUCAGCUGUUAGUUUUGAAUGGGUAUCACACCCCUUUGAUUGAAAACAUAUUGUAUUCCAUAUAAUAUAAUAUAAUAUAAUAUAAUAAUAUAAUAUAAUAUAAUACAUGUAUAUACACAAACGGAUUGUGCACACGUUAUCCAACUUACGAGGCCUUGUGUGGUAUGGCGACAAGUUGAAUAAAGUAUAUUUUGGUCAAAAUAAUAUGUACAGGCGUGUAGUUUAGAUACUGUUUUGUUGGGAUACUAAAAACAAAAUGAACUAUCUCCAAACGUGGACCUUGAUCACAUCACAACAUCGUCACCCAGCAGCUCGUGGAUAUAGGUUGCCUAAUUGUCCAACCUUUAUGCUAACGCAAUUAAGGCAAUAUGUCGUUAACCUUCUUUCCUGGCUACACAUUGGUAAUUUACAGACAUCACUUUCAAGAACGUCAACAAUGGCUGGAUAUCUUGCUUGAUAUGAUAGUAUUAAUGGAACGUUAGUGUUAUUGUCGUCUUAUCUGUUGGUGUUUAUGGAGCAUGCGUCAGGUCAAGUUCUGUUUUUGGUCGGACAAUAUACAAAUGUCGUUACUUGAAAUUCAUUUAAUUGUGUAAAUGGUUAUUUUAAUUGUUUUGUGUUAACGCUAGAUGUUAGUCAUUAUAAUUGACUUGUUGAUAUGCAUUCCAUGUUUUCCAAGUGCUUCUACUGUUCAACGGCAUACAGGUUUGUGUUGUUUGCACCAUCAUAUUCAGCUUCGUAUAUUAGGAACAAGGGACCUAAUUCAUAAAUUUAAGAUGCUGUUUAAGAGAGUUUUGUGAAAAAAGGUCUCAGAAAUGUAAACGUUUGUGCUUAUUCCAUAAAUCGGAUGGAAAAUGUGACAAUGACAUUGACAGUACGUUUAACAUAAACAUGUACAUGCACAAACAUAAUCAUACACACACACACACACACACACACACACACACACACACACACACACACACACAUCUUCACAUACGUUGUUUUCGCUUCCUAUUUAUU